AUGUCUACCAGUGCCGAAGCGGCGUCCGCCGUGGUAGAACGUGCUCAUGUACCCACCACUACCUCGCAUGGCAAUACCGACGCAAACACGACUGCCAACAGGCACAUCCAGAUGGAAAGAUCUUCGCUCACCGAAGCGCUCACACUGCGUCGUAACCUGCUUGAAUCACUAUGGAUCGGCGUGCGACAGCUCCCGCGAGGCAGACGCAUCGUUUUGAUGAUCCGGCUCUGCGUAUCCUUCGCGCAAAUUGUUGCCUUCAUCCCCAUUCUUGCCCUGCCAGGCUCGCAUCGUGUCUCACCAUCGCACGAGAAUGGAAGAGUAUGCAAUCCAGACAGCCUCUUCAAGUACAUGGUUGUGCAUAUUGUUCGACUCGCCCUCGACAUUCCAGUCGAGCUCUAUCUUGGUCUCAGCCCCCAUCGGUCACGACGAGGUCGUAGAGCAGGACCCGAAGCUCGCGCCAUCGCCGAACGCGAUCGCCCACUCGGCUCGGAAUACCUCGACGUCAAGGUGGGUAAGAUCAGCACGUUGCUCGGUAUUGCGUCUCUCGUCAUCUUUUUCGUCGGCAACGCCAUCGUCUACAGCUCCACCGAAUGCUCGCAGAGACCCGCCGACGCCGUACCGCUCUUCUGGUCAGCGCUAGCAUCGCUGAUCGUGGUGUACAUCUUCAUUCUGGAGAUUGCUGUGCUGGCGUUCCUCAUCGUGUGCGCGCUGCCGCUUCUUAUUGUGGUAAUGCGUGCGUUGGGUCUCAACCACAGGCUGCCGCAAAGGGAGAUUCACCCAGAGACGGGUAAGAUCGAUCAGAAGGAGGUGGAUAAGCGGGUCAAGUUGGUGUACUACACCCCUGCCGAGGGCGAGGACGAGGGGAGUGGUGCGCCUCAGGCGGGAGGAGAGGGCCAGGUUGAGGACUCGAUCUCGCCACAGCCACAUGGUGACGGUGGCGAGGAGAGAAAAGCAGGAUCUGGUGCGAGUGAGACAGCCUCGAAUCGUCCAGGACUCGGAUCCAGACGGCCAACGCAAGAUACAGUCCAGAGUACCUCGCAUACCACGCUGGGACGUCUCAGUCGCCUAACUCGCAUCUUGAUAGCUCGUCAACGAUCCGAGACGUCCGCCCCUCGCUUGAGCAGCGGUGGUAAAGCAGUUGCUGCAUCUGCCGCCACGAAACCCUCCUCGUCGACAAGCACGCCGCAAGCGGAACUAGGCGCACCUUCGACACCUAGCAGCAGCACCCAAGGCAAAAUCGCAAAACGCGGCAACAAAUUAAAGUACCCGCUCCACCCGCUUCCAGCCCAUCGCGCCACAUGCCCCAUCUGCCUCUGUGAUUUUGAAGAGCCCGAAGCCGGGCAGGAACCGGAACCAGAGCCGCUGCGACUGCUUGAAUGCGGACACGUCAUGCAUCGGUCGUGUGUCGACCAGUGGCUGACCACUGUUUCUGGCAGAUGUCCGGUUUGUCAGAAGGCCGUUAUCCCGGGGGAGGACGAGGCUGAGGGCGAGGAGGUGAUGCCGCAGCAUCAGCAAGAUCGGGGAGAGCGGGAGGAGGCGCAACCGGCUGCGACACCGGCGAUGGUCGAAACGCAGCAGCCGGGCGACGGAGAGGGUGCAAGAAGUGGAGCGACCGAGACGGGACGGACAAUAACACAGGCUCAAGAAUCACACGAGCUGCAACCUCUGAGCUCGAGCGUCACCGCGACACCCAACAACCCACCGUCCUGA